AAGUCAUUGGGAAAACUCGAGACGGGGGGCAAGGGGUGUGGGCAGAGAUGAUUUAAGGGCAGCCCCCACCCCCCAGACAUCCGCAGAGCUGCAGGGCACUGACCUGGAGCAGAUCACACUUCUGCUGCCAGAAGCUCAGCAGAUACCUGCGGCUGCUUUCACCAUGGACAGUCUGAGCAUAGCCAUCUUGCUUGGACUCCUGGCUCUCACCAGUCUGUUCCUGACCCUCAGUUCAAGGGGCAAGGGCCGGUUGCCUCCGGGCCCCAGGCCCCUCCCAUUCCUGGGAAACCUGCUGCAGCUUCGCUCCCAAGACAUGCUGACCUCUCUCACCAAGCUGAGCAAGGAGUAUGGCUGUGUGUACACGGUGCACCUGGGGCCCAGGCGCGUGGUGGUCCUCAGCGGGUACCAAGCUGUGAAGGAGGCCCUUGUGGACCAAGGGGAGGACUUUAGUGGUCGUGGCGACUACCCUGUCUUUUUCAACUUCACUAAGGGCAAUGGCAUCGCCUUCUCCAACGGGGACCGGUGGAAGGUCCUGAGGAGGUUCUCUGUCCAGAUUCUGCGGAACUUCGGGAUGGGGAAGAGGAGCAUUGAGGAGCGGAUCCUGGAGGAAGGCAGCUUCCUGCUGGCAGAGCUAAGGAAAACUGAAGGCAAGCCCUUCGACCCCACGUUUGUGCUCAGCCGCUCCGUGUCCAACAUUAUCUGCUCUGUGAUCUUCGGCAGCCGCUUUGACUACGACGAUGAGCGUCUGCUUACCAUUAUUCGCCUCAUCAAUGACAACUUCCAAAUCAUGAGCGGCCCCUGGGGAGAGUUGUACAACAUCUUUCCGAGCCUCCUGGACUGGGUACCCGGGCCGCACCGACGCCUUUUCCAGAACUACGGGUGCAUGAAGGACCUCAUCGCCCGCAGCGUCCGCGACCACCAGGACUCCCUCGACCCAAACUCUCCCCGGGACUUCAUUGAUUGCUUCCUCAACAAGAUGGCACAAGAAAAGCAGGACCCGCAUAGCCACUUCAACAUGGAUACCCUGCUGAUGACCACACAUAACCUGCUCUUUGGCGGCACCGAGACUGUGGGCACAACUCUGCGCCACGCCUUUCUUGUGCUCAUGAAGUACCCAAAAGUGCAAGCCCGCGUACAGGAGGAGAUCGACCGCGUAGUGGGUCGCGCGCGGCUGCCGGCGCUGGAGGAUCGCGCGGCCAUGCCUUAUACAGAUGCGGUGAUCCACGAGGUGCAGCGCUUCGCAGACGUCAUCCCCAUGAAUUUGCCGCACCGCGUCACUCGGGACACGGCCUUUCGCGACUUCCUGAUACCCAAGGACACAGAUAUCAUCACCCUCCUUAACACAGUUCACUAUGACCCCAGCCAGUUCCUGACGCCCCAGGAAUUCAACCCUGAGCAUUUUCUGGAUGCCAAUCAGUCCUUCAAGAAGAACCCUGCCUUCAUGCCUUUCUCAGCUGGUCGCCGACUGUGCCUGGGCGAGUCGCUGGCGCGCAUGGAGCUCUUCCUCUACCUCACCGCCAUCCUGCAGAGCUUCUCGCUGCAGCCGCUAGGGGCGCCCGAGGACAUCGACCUGACGCCGCUCAGCUCGGGGCUCGGCAACUUACCGCGGCCUUUCCAGCUGUGCCUGCGCCCGCGCUGACGCCGCACCCUUGCGGAUUUCGCCCGUGAGCGGAGAGGCCUACUUUGGGCCUGGCUCUGUCCCCCUGGUCGUCCCGCUGUGCCGCCCAUCCCUCUCGCUCUCACGCUUGCUUCCCCGCACUUGUGCCUGCCGCCUGCCCAUCCUCCGGUCCCCAUCUUGACCUGAUCUGCGCCCUCAGAGGCAGAGAAACGCAAGGGAGAAGGGGAAGAACUUGCCUCUUCUAUUGUGCACCCUUUCGGGGGCUGUUUUUACCUUUUUCUAAUAAAGUAUCUUUAUAAAAGAUUCAAA